UUUUUUCUCGUCCGGGUGGAGCGUUUCGAUGUAAAUUGCAAUUCAAUUUUUAAGGAGUAUCAACAAAAGUUUGCUCUAAGUCUAGUUAGAAUAUUCCAAAAUAAACGAAAUUCGUUGCAAAAAUUAAACACAAACAAAAGGAAUAUUUGAAUGACUCUAAUUUGGAGAGUUUGUGUGCGGGUGUGCGGUAAAUUUACAGUUAGUUGCGCAAAAAAAGCGCAGCCAGACAGUCUGAAAAAUCUAUAGAAAUACAAAAUUUUCCUUUUUGCCGGCACUAAAAACCGAAAGUGGCCGGCCGUAAGAGUACCCUCGAUUUUGAUGAGCAGCCAACAGAGAUUUCCGGUAUCCAGACAAAUGGCGAGGCGGAGUCCCAUGCUCCAGGCUUCCAAUGCGGCAAAUAGUUCUAUGAAAUAAUUUUCGUUGCGUACCACCAGCUAGCUACGUACGCCCUAUCGUCGACCGUCCCGUCCCGCCCCCCUGAACGCCUCCGUCCCGCCCUCAUCCGCUUGGCCCUGCGUGGAGGCAAAUCAGAGAGAGAGAGUCAGUAAAUGGAAUGAAAAUAAAAUAAAUCAAAACCGCAAAGCCAGCGAAACGGAGCAGAGUUGACAAAAAAAAUAAGAAAAGAAAUAUAACAAAGUAAAAGGCCAGAGGAAAAUCACAUAUAAAAUUCGAAAGCGAACGAAUGAAAUCAAAAAACCAACAUAGAGUAACGUGGCCAACACGAAAGAAAUCAUCACAACUUGCAACUGCAACAGCCAUACAGUUUGUAAUAGUAAUUUGAGGAAUUCGAGCCAGUUCCGGCCACUAGGAUGAAGGGCAACUAUACCAGUCUUGGCACGUACAGUGGGAUCAAUGCCGGUGGCAAUGGCAAAAUGUCGCUGGGCAAAUCCAUCAAAAUGUACCUGACCAUUUUCAUUUUGACCACAUGCAUUUACAUGGCUCUCUAUCAGUAUCACAUAUCCCGCGAGCCCUUCGCCGCCAGCGAAGUUGUCAAGCAUCAAGAGAAAUCAUCGUCAUAUAUCGCUUCAUAUUUGUGGUCACCCAUUUCCUUGCUAAUGGCCAAUAGUUCCUCAAACACUAUUAACAAUUCCAUAACAACAACAACAACAACAACGACAAGCACAACAACAGCUCCAACAGCAACAACAACUAGAACAGCUGGUCAAAAACUGACUGCCUCCGCCUCCAUUCGCAUGGUUUCAUUAGCUGCCACCAUACCCACAUUGAUAAGUUCGUCAUCGGAUUUGAGAUCGGGAUCGUUGGGUGGUCAUCCUCAAAAAACUGCAACCACUAAAACUACUACCACGACAACCACAACAACAACAACAGCCAGUGGGUUGGCCACAGCAACAUCAACAAGAACAACAACCACAGCUAAAACAAGCGCAAAAACACCUGCGGCUACCACGCCCACUGCCGGGCACAUGGAAAACGCUCAUAAGACUCGACCAACAUUCGUUGCCGCAUCCGUGCCCCCGCCCCUGUACAUAAUCACGCCCACCUACCGACGACCCGAGCAGAUGGCGGAGCUUACCCGGCUGGGUUAUACCCUGAAGCAUGUGGUGAAUCUACUUUGGCUGGUCAUCGAGGAUGCCAACAUAACGAAUCCAUUGGUGUCCCAUACUUUGGAUCGAAUUGGUGUGCCCUAUGAGUACAUGUUGGCGCCCAUGCCGGAGAAGUACAAGCAGACGAAGAAGGCCAAACCCCGUGGCGUCUCCAAUCGGAAUCGAGGGCUUGAGUAUCUGCGGCAACAUGCCACCGAGGGAGUGCUCUACUUUGCCGACGACGACAACACCUACGACAUUAGCAUAUUCGAACAGAUGCGCUACAUCACCAAGGUGGCCAUGUGGCCCGUGGGGCUGGUAACAAAGACCGGCGUAAGUAGUCCCAUAAUUCAGGAGGGCAAGCUGGUGGGCUUUUACGAUGGCUGGAUCGGUGGACGUAAAUAUCCUGUGGAUAUGGCCGGAUUUGCAGUAAACGUUAAGUUCCUGAAGGAACGGCCCAACGCCCAGAUGCCCUUUAAGCCGGGUUACGAAGAGGACGGCUUCCUCCGUAGUCUGGCGCCGCUGGACAAUAAGGAAAUCGAGUUGCUGGCCGACGACUGUCGAGAUGUUCUUACGUGGCACACGCAAACGAAGAAGAACGCCCCCGCCCAGGAGCUGAACAGGACGCGCUACAAGAACACAAACCUGGAGUAUAUAGACAAGCUGCUGGUCCGCCCAUAGGGACAUUGACUGUAGUUAGCUAGUUAGGCUUAGCUAGGCAAUGCUCAUCGUAUUUACGGUGGCUUGCUAAAACCAUUUUGACCGUGGCUCUGACGGGUUGUACUGGUACAACCCGGCGCACGGAGAAACCAAUCAGAUUUGAUCAGAUCAUUAGUCGGUGUACAUUAUUAUCAUAAUCAUACGGAGUAGUUAGGCUCUAAGCGCACACACACACGCACCUCUAUGAUAUAUAGUUCACGGCACCGUAGGCUUUGUUUGACCCCGUACACGUAUUCCUAACGUACGCACAUCUAAAAAAAUACCUUAAGUAAAAGUAUUGUAUCAUAUCGCUGCGUCCAUGACUAUUUUGUAAAUAAUCGCAAUGAUUAAUUUAAGCUACAAGUUUAUUUUACACUCUAAGUUAAAAAAAAAAACGCAACGAAUUGGAUAAGAUGUUCCUAGACCAAAGAAAAGGCAGCCCCUUAAGUUCUGCAUUCAAACCAUUCCCUAGGGGAAAAUUCAAUCACCAAAAGAAAGCAAGGACUUCCUUAUUCGUGUGAGUUCAAGGUCGGAAGCACAACAGCAAUCAAUUAGGGCAAGGUGUCAACAAAGACUUAUUUCCCCGAAAUCCUCCUGCAACCGGGGCAAGCGUUUCAAUAAUUCAUGCCGACAUAUGGAUGGUUCGUUCUAGGGGCGAGUGGCACAGAUAAGUCGCCUCUUUCCACCAGCGAAACCAAAUCGCGUGCCUCACUAAAAUUGCACGAAACAAAAAAAAAGAAAGAAAAAUUGGAUACAAACAGGACGAAGGGGACAUAGUUUAAACAUUGUAAUGGCUCCUGCUAAUGGGACUGAAUGGCUCAAAAGUUUGGCAAAAUCAAUUUUAUUCCAAACACUGCACGAGUUUUAUGUGUUGAAUGAGAACUCUUAUUUUGAAUAUGCCUAAGAAAAUGCGUUUCUUUUCUGAUUUUUCCGAAACGGGUUUCCAAAGCAACACUUUGUGCACACUAUUCUUAUAAGUAAGUUAAGUUUAUAAAGAAAAUUUAUAUUGAAGUUAUGAACUGCACUGAAAAAUCGCCUACUACAUGUAAAUAAUAAUCACCAAAUAUUGUAACCAAAUUUUUACACAUCCCCCAGCAAAGGCAGGGACAAUGCGCAGGGAUGGGAGGAAACUAUGACAAAUGGUAUUACGAAAUUUAUACAAUUUAUACAAUUGAAUAUGGAAUAUGGAAUACGAUAAGCCGCAAAGCAAUUAGUUAGGUACUUAUAAAAAUCUUAAAAAAAAUAUAAAUAAAUAUUAACAAUCGAGUAUGAAAGAGAGCUCGCAAGCAAGUAACUUAAAAACUUUUCAAGAAUAUCGAAAAAAAAAAUGUUUCAAAUGAAUACUAAAGAUACAGAAAUACGUCUAAAACUAUUCUCUUAUUCAAGUAAACUAAAAGAUACAAUGUUUAAACCUGACAGGACUUAUAGCAAGGAACUUCAAUCAUUUUUUAACAAAAUACAAAAUACCUUUCAAUAAAUUGAUAAACUUUUCUUAAGAAUUUUCAAAAGUAAA